AUGGGUUUCGAUUCGUCUAGAGGACGAGGAGGCGGAGGAGGCUUCCGAGGUGGACGUGGAGGAGGUGGAUUCACCCCUCGUGGAGGCGGCGGUGGAUUCCGUGGAGGAGAUCGCGGACGUUCGCCAGGAGGAUUCCGUGGAGGAGAUCGUGGUCGUUCACCAGGUGGAUUCCGUGGUGGAGAUCGUGGUCGUUCACCAGGUGGAUUCCGUGGUGGUGACAGAGGAGGCUUCCGUGGAGGAGAUCGAGGACGCUCUCCAGGUGGCUUCAGAGGUGACAGAGAUGGGGGAUUCUCUCCAAGAGGACGUGGAGGUGGUUUCCGUGGAGGGGAUCGUGGCGGCUCACCAUGGCGCGGAGGAAACGACCGUGGUGGAUCUCCAUGGCGUGGAGGUGAUCGUGGAGUAGCACACCGUGGACGAGGAGACUUCUCAGGUGGUUUCCGUGGCGACAACAAGUUUUCUCCAAGAGGCGGACGAGGUGGUUUCACCCCUCGUGGACGUGGUGGAAACGACUUCUCACCACGUGGUGGAAGAGGAAACUUCCAGGAACGUGGAGGAGGCAACCGUGUUGGUUUCAACGAUAAAAGAAAGAACUUUGGAGAUGAGGACGAUGACGAAGAAGAAGAGGAUGAGGUCCCGAAGAAGAAGUUUGCUUCUGGAACACCUCAUGCUAAGCAAACGGAACCAGUAGAGGAAGAAUCUGAGGAGGAUGAGGAAGACGAAGAGGAGGAAGAGAGUGAUGACGAACCUCAACCACAGAAGAAGGUCGUGAAAGGAGCACUUGCCGCUGCUGCUGAAGACUCCGACGACGACGAAGAGGAAGAUGACGAGGAGGAGGAAGAAGAGUCCGAGAAUGAAGGCCCAGUAACAAAGAAAGUCAUCUCUGUUAAAGAAGUUGACGAUGAAGAUGACGAAGACGAGGAGGACGAAGAAGAAGUCGAAGUGGACGACGAAGAUGAGGAAGAGGAGGAAGACGAAGAAGAAGAGGAGCCAGUAGCUAAAACUCCAGCUUUGAAAAGUGCUCUGAAAACUCUCGAUUCCGCUAAAGGAAAACAGGUUAACAUUGCUACCGUUGCUACCCCGACCACUGUCGACAAAAAGGCUCCAUCGACACCGCAUCCAGCCAAGAACGUCAAGGCGGCUGCCGGCCAGGUCCCACAAUUGAAGUUUGACGAUGAUAGUGAUGAAGACGAGGAGGAUGAAGAAGUUGAAGAAGAAGAUGAGGAGGAGGAAGAAGAAGAAGAAGUCCAUCCAGUCAAGAAGGCGCCAGUUGCCAAACAAACUCUUAGCCAAAUAGGUCAAGCUAUUCAGGAUGAUAGUGAUGACGAAGAUGAGGAGGAUGAAGAAGAAGAGGAGGAUGAGGACGAAGAGGAGGAGGAAGAUGAUGACGAUGUUCCGGUUAUCACAACGAAGGCUGAACUUUUGAAAAAGAUCGCAGCGAACCGUGCUGCUUCUGGUGUAUCUCAGGACGACAGCGAAGAUGAUGAAGAUGAGGAAGAUGAAGAAGAGGAGGAAGAAGUUGUUAAGCCAGUUGUGAAGCAACAGGCUAUUGUCCAAAAAGGUCAAAAGAAAGCGGAAGCUACUAAGGUUUCCACUGCUUCAACUGAAAAACAAGGACUGAAAAGAAAAAUUGAUGAGCCAACUGUUUCUUCUAAACAGCUAAAGAGUGACGGAGCUGAAAUUGUGAGUGAAGAGGAGAGAAGACGUCAAGAGAGAGAUUCUCGUUCUCUAUUCAUCAAGGAAAUCUCUAAGAAGGCCAAAGAUGAUGAAAUCACUAGUCUUAUCACUGGUGUCGAUUCGUUCAGACGUAAGAAGAACUCAAAUUUCGGAUGGAUUGUGUUCAACACGGUUGCUGAUUGUAAGAAAGCUCACGAAGUUCUUAGCAAAGCAAAAAUCCAAGGAAAAUCACUUUAUGUUGACUUCUGCCUCAGCGAGAGUAAGAGAGAAAAAGAACAUGAUGCACGACCAAUUAACCCGCUUCAGUUGUUCGUCAAUGCUUUGCCAUUCCAGUGCAAUCAGACUGACCUGAAAAACAUUUUCCGAGCGUCUACAGAAAUCAAGAUCCAUCAUCCUGCUGGCAAACCGAACUCUAAGAAAAGAGCAUUCAUCACCUUUGGAACUGAAGCUGACGCUCAGGCUGCUUUCUCAAAAUCAAAGGGUCUCAGAGUGCAUAAUCACCUCGUUGAUGUGUUCUAUGCAAGACAACAAGACAAUAAGAAAAAUGACAACAAGCCAAAGAAAGCAGCAGCUCCGACGCCACAGAAAAAGGUAGUUCCCAAGACAGUUGAUUCUUCUGAUGAGGAUAGUGAGGAAGUCGCUUCUAGCGAUGAGGGAAUUGAAGAAGUUGCCGAAGAACCACCAAAGCAAAAGAAACUCGUCAAAAAGGUAAAUCAUAUUUCUCUUAAUUUCCUUUUAAUAAAAAUUCGAUUUCAGAUGGAUACCAAGCCUAUUCCAAAAGUCCAGCAGAAGAAACCACAAUUCAAGAAAACUGGCUUCAAAGGAAAGAAAUAA